AAGAGAAAGAAAGAGAGAGAGAAAGUCCCCACAACCCUCUGUCUCCACUGAGGGACAAAACUGCCACCGCCAAUAAUGCUUGGGUCCUUGUAAACCAGACAACUCUAGCUUUCCUUUCUUCUCUCUCUUUCUCACCAAACUCUCUCUUUCUCUUGGUUUUCUCUUCUCAAUAUUGCAUAUUGUAUCAUAUCUUUUAAAAAAAAAAUCAUUUUGAGUAUAAAAUCACUUAUUUUCCAUAUUCAAGGCAUUGCUGUUUAACUCCUCAUCUUUGCUGAGAGUGAGACCUCCUGUCCUUUCUAUCUCUUUCUUCUUCGUGGUUCUUCAAAGCUUAGCAUUUAUUACAUUCUAUUUAAGACCAUAUCUAUCAUCAAACACAAAGGAAUAUAUUGCGGUUUAAGAUAUGGGGUCUCUCGCUCUGCCUCUAGGGGAUUACAUUUAUGACUAUUGUUCUGUGAGCAUUAAAAUAGAAUGUUGGUAAUCGAGAGGAGUGAGAAAGAAAGAUAUAUUUAGAGAAGAGAGAGAGAGAGAGAGAGAAAGAGAGUGAGAGACUGUGAGAAAGGAGGAGGAAUUUAAGUAAGGCACACUUCCACAACUACUUACUCUGCUGUAAUGGAGAGGCUCCAAGGACCCGUCAACCCCUGUUUUUUUAGCGAGCACAUGGAUAUGGAGUGCCUAGAACAAGGACUAACCACUAGCUCGGGUAGCUUGAGAUUCGAGGAAGAAGAAGCUUGUGUGUUUACACAGGGCUUGGAGGAGAGAAUGCCAUUUCUUCAAAUGUUACAAAGCGUGGACUCCUCAUCUUUCUUGCCCUUGAAAGAUCCCAGCUUUCAAACCCUUUUGAGACUUCAACACAUGAAGAAGCCAUGGGAAGCAGAUAUCGAUGUCAGCUACCACCACAGCGUGCCUCAAUUGGACACACAACAACUUCAGGGGUUAGAGUUCGAGAGCUGUGUCACGAAUGAAAUUGUUGAGUUGCAUUCACCUAUUAAAUCCGAAACCAAAGAUGUUCAAUACCAGCAUUCGACUACUUCAGGUCCUGAACAAGCUGGUGCGAGCUCAGAAUGCAACCAAGAACGACAACCCAAUAACGUAGAACAACAGUGUGUCAACAAUCCACAAACGACAUUCAAACAGACCCAAAACUCCAAAUUCCCUCCAGUGGGCCGGGAAAGGAGAAAGCGCAAGAGAACAAGGCCAGCCAAGAACAAGGAAGAGGUAGAAAGCCAGAGAAUGACUCAUAUUGCAGUUGAACGUAACCGGAGACGCCAAAUGAAUGACCACCUCAAUGUCCUCAGGUCCCUCAUGCCAACCUCCUACAUUCAAAGGGGUGACCAAGCGUCCAUAGUAGGAGGUGCAAUAGACUUUGUCAAAGAACUGGAGCAACUCUUCCAAUCCCUUGAAGCCCAAAAGAGGAUGAGAAAAGCAGAAGGUCAACGUAGUACUGCUAGUAACGCCGUUGAAAACUCCGUUAGUUCGUCCUCAUCUUCCUCCUCCAGUGCCGUGGCAAUGCCGUCACAUGGGCUGUAUAUGUCGCUUUCCCAGUUCAGAAUUGGGCCUGAUCAAGAAGAGAAUAUCAUCAGUCUGGGAGACGAAGUCCGAGCUGAGAACAAGUCCGAGGCUGCGGACAUAGUGGUCACCGUCAUCCAAACCCAUGUCAACUUAAAGAUCCAGUGCCCGAGAAGGCCUGGUCAGUUGCUGAAAGCCAUUGUCGCUCUUGAGGAACUUAGGCUAGCAAUUCUGCAUCUCAACAUAACCUCCUCACAAGCCACAGUUUUUUACUCCUUCAAUCUCAAGAUAGAAGACGAAUGUAAGUUAGGAUCAGCAGAUGAGAUUGCUGGAGCAGUUCAUCAGAUUUUCAGAUUCAUUGAUGCCACCUAAUCCCAAUGAAAGCUAGUUUAGAAGAGUGUUUAGUGAAAGAAAAGAAGAAGAAGAAGAAGAAGAAGAAGAAAAUUUGUAAUGAUUUUGAUAACGAGGGGGGACAUGAGAAAAUAUGGGAAAAAUGUCUUUACCAUCCCCAUAAGCUGUGACUAGAAAUAUGAUGCUGUAUUUGGCUGCAUAACAUCAAGAGAAAAAGGCAAAAAAAGAAAGAAAAAAAAUCAAAGUGGUUUCUUUCUCUUCUGAUUUUCUUAAUUAACAAGUUUUUAUUUUAUCAAUAUUUUGCUUUUUUUGAGAUGGUGUGGUUAGGGGCCCAACGUGUGGCUGCCUGGGUUAGAGUUUAGAGUUAGAGAUGGUGAGGUUGAAUAUAUGAGAGAUUCUUUCUCAUCAUUACGUAUUGUAAAGGAUAUUGCUUCUCUUUCUAAAUUUGACUUUUUGGCAAAAUUCCGUAUACCAUAAAAGAUAUUUCAUCAUUGUA